AUGGGUGCUGGAAAAUCCACGAUAUCUUUAAAUAGACCUCCAGGACUUAAUGAAUCAAAAGCUCAGUUUGGAGCUUCUUCUUAUGAAGGCUGCAUAAAUACAGAGCCAUUUAAAAGCCAAAGGUCAGUAAGGUUUUUACUUCCAAUAGACGAAGAAGAAACUGGUGAACAAGAAAUAAAUGAGCCGCUUAAAAAUUGCUUGCUAUCACCUAUAAAAAAAUCGUGCAGAACUUGGAAUAAUACUGAGACAUCACCUAGGAUAUUAAAAUUGAAUAUUAUAAAAGGGCAAAAACUACCAAAAGCUUUACAGACAAAUCCUUGCUCAGUUAAUAACUCUCCUACAAACUCAGGCUUCCUUUCACCCCAGACAAAUAAAACAACCUUUAGCUGAAAAAAUGAUUCACUAAUAAAUAUGUCAUGCACUGAAAGUAAAAAAGCACUUAUGAAAGUAUUAAAACUCAAUAAUUGCUCUCGGAAAAUUAUUAAAGAAAAAGAAACUGAGUCCCAAAAUAAUGGCAUUUUUGAAGCCACUCCUUAUCAAAGUCCUAGAAAUAUAGAAGAAGGCAUAAUUGAUCGUGAAGGGAUAGCCAAGCAAAUAUCUGAGCUGGAAAGUAAAAAAAGGGAGAGACAAAAUCUGUCAAAAUUGAAAACCCUUACCGUCAGAAUGUCUCGGAAUUCACCUGAUGCACCUCAAACUUUUAAAAUUAGGAAAGGGCUAAACAAGCAGCUUUCUGCAAAACAAAUAAAUUCACCAUCUAUAAGCCAGGAAGUUUCCCCUAAAAAUAAUAAUACUCCUGAUUCUUCAGGAAUAUUCAAGAUAGAUAGCAGGAAUAAAGCCCUGAAUGCGAAACUUAUAAAUUCUGUAAAAAUAGUAAAGAAAAGAACAGCUUUAAAUAUUGUAUCUAGAAGAAUUAAAUUUCAAGAUAUAGAUAUUUAA